AAGGUGAUCGGGGUAAAGAAUACACACGUUAGCUAUUUUCCCACUCAAGGUUUUAUCCAGCAUAUACGCCCAAUCAUGAAUGGUCGUGAAUAUUUAAAGUCCUACGGUUGGAAGGAGGGUGAGGCUCUCAGAAAGGGUGGUUUGAGGAAGCCAAUUCUCGUUAAACACAAGAAGGACACCAAGGGUCUUGGACACGACGCAGGUGACAGUGAAGCCUGGUGGGAGAGAUUGUUUGACGGUCAGUUGAAGAGCUUGGAAGUUAAUGCGAGUGCCUCUAAGGGUAAGGAUGGUGCCAUCAGCUUUAACCAGAACAAGGUGGUGGCCAGUGGGGUGUCCAAGCAGCAGUCCCCGUUGUAUCGCAUGUUUGUCAAGGGUGAAGGUUUGGCCGGGACUGUUGGCAGAACGGAUUUCUCACGAGUCAGAGAAUCUAUCGUGGUGCUAAGUGAUGACUUGGUCAGUCAGAAGUUUAAUAAAGGAAAGAAGCAGAAGGAGGGAAAAAAGGACAAUAAGGAAAAGAAGGAAAAAAAGGGAAAAUCUAAAAAGUCUGAGAUAAAAAAGAAGGAGAAGAAGGAGAAGAAGAAGAAGAAGAAGAAGAAGGAGAGGAAGGUGAAGGAGAAGGGGAAGAAGGAUGAACCCAACUCUGGUAAGCGUAAGAGAGACUCUGAUGAAGACAAGUCGAAGAAAAAAAAAACCAAAGUGUGAGGUAAGGUUGGAUGACUAAUAAAAAAGAUUAAAUUAAUCUACUUCAGCCAACCAGUGGCCUUUAUCAUAUGACUACCCACUGACCAAGCGCACCAGCAACUUCUUUGGUACCAAGCCAUAUCGAAAAUGGCAUCGCCAAAAUAUUGCACUAUAGACGAAAGUAGAUGCAGUGGUCCACAU